AUGUCCAGCCCGCCGUUCACGGUCAGAGCGGUCUUCGAGUACUCGUCGAACCACGAUGACGACCUAAAUUUCGCAAUCGGCCAGGUUAUUACGGUCACCGAAGAAGAGGAUGCCGAUUGGUACUAUGGUGAAUAUACGGACGGCUCGGGGUCAAAGGCGGAAGGCAUCUUCCCCAAGAAUUUCGUAGAGAAAUAUGAACCCCCGGCUCCUCCGCGACCUACACGUCCGAGCAGGCCCAAGAAGGAACCUGAACCUGCUCCCGCUCCUGCUCCUGCUCCUCCGCCCGAGCCCAAGGCUCAGCCUGAGCCUGGGCCUGAGCCGGUACCGCAACCUGUCGCUGUCGAGCCCCCUGCCCCCGAACCUCAAUAUUUCUCGGAGCCCGAGACAGAGCCUGCUCCUCCGGCCGCGUCGGUAUAUGCACCUGAACCGCCGCGGUCGCCGCCUGCUCGCGUGGAAACCCCGGCCAGUGAAGUUCCAUCUCCACCUCGUCCGGUGCAAGCUGCGGUUCCGCAGCCGCCUCCGCAACCGCCUGUCACUGAAGCUAGCGAGCCGCCCGCUCCGAAGACAUCAACCAAACCCCCACCUCCAGAGAAGCCGACCGGCUCGUCUUUCAGGGAUCGCAUUGCCGCAUUCAACAAGCCCGCGGCUCCGCCAAUCGCGCCAGUCAAGCCUGGAGGAUGGAGCUCCCACAGUUCGACUUCGUUCAUUAAGAAACCAUUCGUUGCUCCGCCGCCCAGCAAGAAUGCUUACGUUCCCCCGCCCAAAGAAGCUCCCCAAAAGAUUUACCGGAGGGAAGAGGAUCCCGAUAUCCAGGAGCCUGUGGUACGGGAGCCCCCCGUGUCUGAAAGCCGACCUGCGCCCGCCGAGACUACCGAAGAAGGCGCAGAGGACCAGCCCAAACCAACAAGCUUGAAGGAACGAAUUGCCCUCUUGCAAAAGCAGCAAAUGGAGCAGGCUGCUCGUCAUGCCGAUGCGGCUCAGAAGAAGGAAAAACCCAAGCGCCCUCCGCCGCAGACCCGCACAGAGUCCCAAGAAGAAACUGUGCCUGCUGAGGACCUCGGCACCGAAAGGGUAGCGCCUCCCGAGGCCGUCCGGGAUCACAGCGUCGAAACUGUGAAACCCGGUGCGCUCCCUGUGCCGCAGCCAACAAGUCCUCCUACCCCGGUACCGGAACUGGCAAGCGAUACCAACGAUGCUGACGACUCUGCGGCUGCUGAUAUUGAGGAUGCAGAGGAAACAUCUACGAGUAAGGAGGAUUACGAUGAUCGUGCGCGCGGUGAAACCCAGCGUGUCGCCCAGUCUUCUAGCGAGACAAAGGCGCCGGAACCUGUCAAACACCAGCAGGAGGAGGAGCAACCACAACAGCAGCAGUCGGAUGAAGACGAGGAAGAAGAGGAGGAAAUGGACCCGGAGGUGAAGCGCAAGAUGGAGCUCCGCGAGCGCAUGGCAAAAAUGAGCGGUGGAAUGGGGAUGAUGGGCUUCUUUGGCCCUCCGGGUGGUAUGCCUGCCCCUGGCGCAGCUCGUAAACCAAAACCGCCAGUGGAACCCGAAAGGAGGACCGAGGAACCUGAAAUUACCAGCCCAUCUGCAGCACCACCGGUCCCUAUUAUGGCUCUGCCAGGGAUGGGCAAACCGGCAGCCGCCCCAUCUGUCCAGAAGGACGAAGACGCUCCAGCUACUCCUCUGACCGAGCAGCAUCCGGCACAUGAGGUGCCUGACGUUGAAGAAGUUGUUCCGGAAGCAUCUCCCCGACGCACCUCGUCUGACAGACCCGCUCAAGAACGCCCAGUACCUCCCCUUCCUCCGAUGGAAACACGACCUGUCCCGCCGCCUCCUAUCCCUCAGGAUGCACCUGCAUCCCCUCCGCCUGUGCCCGGUGCCCGCCCCGUUCCUCACCCUGCUAAGAGCACCACAUCUGCUGAUCCUGGCGAGGACUCAGACGAUGAGCUUUCUGUCCAUGCACAGAACUUGUCCUUGAACGCAGUGGCGUCAGACCAGUUUGUGCCUCCGCCUGUGUCGGCACCCCCAAUUCCUGAUCAUAUCGAUUCCCGCCGCCCAUCGACAUACGAGGUGUCGUCUCCAAGAUCUCCCACCCUCCCUGCGGAUAAGAGGCUUAGCCGUCCCCCGCCUCCGCCAGUGCCAACAAGUCCGCCCAUGUCGCCGCAGAACAGACCUGCUCCUCCGCCACUUCCAGGCGAUAUCCGACGUCGAUCAACCGCAGAUAGCCACAUCAGUACUCUUUCGCAGCCCCGCCAAGCAGGAGAUGACGCCGAGGGCGAAGUGACGGAAUAUGAUGGGGAUUAUGACACGGAUAUUGCAUCUGGUGCAAAAUUCAAGGAUGCGCUGAAAGCCCAUGGGCGUGAUUCGAGCGUCGACGAAGGCACUAUAACUGACGAUCACCCCCUGCAAUCUCCCCGGAGCCCUCAGGAAACUCGUCUCCCACCACCGCCUCCUCCGUCCGCCCCUCGUGCAGUCCCGCCGCCGCCGCCUGUUCAGCCACCCAAGAGUGCCGGUAGUGCCGGUAGAGCCUCGCUAGAAUCACCCAGAGGCCCUCCACCUCCCCCGCCUCAUAUGGACUCAUUCAACGGGGACGAUGAUGAAUAUGAUCCUUAUCGCUAUAUCGCUCCCCAAUCUGGACUGCUGCCACCUCCAAGGGCCCCUCCUGUACCCAUGGGCCGACCAGAAGUUCCACCUAGCAUUCAACCGGAGCAAGUCGCAGAUGAUUCGGAUGAAUUGUACGAUGCGUCUCCUGUUCAUGCUCCUCCGGAAGUGCCGCCGCCUGCUGCACCGACUGAGAAACGUACUUCUAUGGCGCCCCCGCCUUCCAGUUUCUUCCCUCCUGCCCAACCACCUACCCCACGAAGCAACCGUGCGUCCUUGGAUAUCCCUAGGGGAGCGCUUCCUCUCCGGAGAUCUAUGGAUGUUGCCCGUCCUUCUAUAGACCAGGGUUUCAUUGCCAUGGAUGUUGAUCUGGCUGAAGGCACGCUGUGGUGGAGCCAACCAUCGACGCCUCCACCCGCUCUGCAAAAUCGCAAGGACCUUUUCUUCGAGGUUGAAGAGUCAACCUCUUCGAAGCGGGGAGGCAAAGCCACAAUCACGAAAGAUGUCUAUGUCUUGUUCUUGGAUUACUCACAGACCGUGAUCACAGUGACCUACGAUGCUCGCAACCCCAGCGAUGCGUCCUUGGAACAACGUCAUGAAGGUCCUCCCCUUCAGCCCCGUCAAGAUCAACUGGAAAAUGCUCAUGUUCAGAUUGGAACUCGCAUUUUCAACGCCAUCAACGGGAUUCAAAACACCACGGUUGCGGACGGCACCCCAUUCGGUCUGGUCCAGCAUUUGCUUAACCCUAUCAAGGACGCUUUGCGCCCUGUUGGAACCCGAGCUUACGGUGCUUUGGUCUAUUCGAAUCUGGCGAAUGCCUCGGUGCAGCAAAAUGAUGAAAUCCGAGCGGGUGAUAUUGUCAGCUUCCGUAAUGCACGCUUCCAGGGCCACCGUGGUACGAUGCACCAGAAGUACAGCUCUGAGGUAGGCAAGCCGGACCAUGUCGGCGUUGUUGUCGACUGGGACGGAACCAAGAAGAAGAUCCGAGCGUGGGAGCAGGGCAGAGAAAGCAAGAAGGUUAAAAUGGAGAGCUUCAAACUCAAUGACCUUCGCAGCGGUGAAUGUAAGGUUUGGCGAGUAAUGCCUCGCAGCUGGGUUGGUUGGGAAAGUUAA